UAGCAGUGAUAGCUAUAGAGAGAGUGUUUCGGUUGUAUUGAUUCGAAACGUGUUUCAAUGCAUUCGGCGUUCAUUUCGUAAUCACAAACUCUGCCAAACAUUUCACACAUUGUCACCAAAAACACCACUAAUUACACACAUUUGCACUUCUCUUCACAACAAGAGCUAAUCCAUUGAGUAGUCAUGACUUUGGAGGACAACGAGAGCGAAGACAUGACGGACUCCGCGGCGAACGCGACCGCCGACGACGAGACGGCGAAGUCGGCCAACACUAGUGCGGACCAGGAGUUCAUUUUCAUCCACGACACCGGAUUCAAUGUCCACAUACAGUGUCCCGCUUUGGAUCCAUUCGAAGUACAGUCCUAUAACUCAUUGGCUGACCUGAAGGUGAGUGCCAUGGAAUUGGUUCAGGAGAUACACCACCUGCUGAUGGACAGGGAGGACACGUGUCACCGGACCUGCUUCUCGCUACAGAUGGAUGGCAUGACUUUAGAUAACUUCACAGAACUGAAGAAUAUUGAAGGUCUGAAAGAGGGUUCGGUUAUCAAAGUAGUGGAAGAGCCGUAUACUGUCCGCGAGGCCCGCAUCCACUUAAGACAUGUCCGCGAUUUGCUCAAGUCAUUGGAUCCGUCGGAUGCAUACAAUGGCAUUGAUUUGAAUUCGCUUUCGUUUGUCAACACUAUCUCUCAAUCAGACAUUUCGGAGAAGAAGAGAGUGCAGAGAGCGGAUUCAGUGGACUGUACGCCACCCGACUAUAUACUCCCCGGAAGUAAAGACAGACAAUUACUUCCAUUACAGCCACAAAGCAAAGAGCAGAAAGGUCCAAUUGCUCUAAAGGUGAUGACCUCCAGUGGUUGGAACCCUCCGCCCGGCACUCGCAAACUUCACGGAGACUUAAUGUACUUAUAUGUGAUCACAAUUGAGGACAAACGUUAUCACAUAACCUCUUCUACGAGAGGUUUUUUCGUCAAUGAAUCCACUGAAGAGGAAUUCAACCCAAAGCCGGCCAAUCCUAAAGUUGUCUACCAUUCGCUCAUUGAUCUUCUCAAUCAAAUCAGUCCCACAUUUAAACGCAACUUCUCUUCAAUUCAACGCAAACGACAUCAAAGACAUCCAUUUGAAAGGGUUGCCACUCCUUAUCAGAUGUACUCAUGGACUGCACCACAUCUCGAUCACACCAUUGACUCCAUUAGAGCCGAAGAUGCCUUCUCUUCAAAGUUGGGAUACGAAGAGCACAUUCCCGGACAGACCAGAGACUGGAAUGAAGAACUCCAGACCACACGAGAGCUGAAACGCAAGACACUUCCCGAGAGACUGCUUAGAGAGCGGGCGAUAUUCAAAGUGCACAGCGAUUUCGUGGCGGCCGCUUCUCGAGGCGCCGUCGCUGUGAUUGACGGCAAUGUUAUUGCUAUAAAUCCGGGCGAAGAGACGAAAAUGCAAAUGUUUAUAUGGAAUAACAUAUUCUUCAGUUUGGGGUUUGAUGUGCGCGACCACUACAAAGAGCUCGGCGGCGAUGCGGCCGCCUUUGCCGCCCCCACUAACGACCUCCAAGGGGUGAAGGCCUACAGUGCCAUCGAUGUCGAGGGACUCUACACUUUGGGCACUGCAGUCAUCGAUUACAAAGGAUAUCGAGUAACCGCUCAAAGCAUAAUACCUGGUAUUCUAGAGCGAGAACAGGAACAGUCGGUCGUCUACGGGUCCGUCGACUUCGGCAAAACAGUUGUCACUCAUUCAAAGUAUUUAGAGCUUCUGAACCGCGCGGCACAAGUCCUCAAAAUACUUCCCCAUAAAGUGGUGAAUGAAAACGGAGAGGAGAUUGAAAUCUGCUCUUCAGUUGAGUGCAAAGGAAUCAUAGGAAACGAUGGCAGACAUUACAUUCUGGAUCUGUUGCGCACAUUCCCGCCCGACUCGAACUUCUUGAUUGUGGAUGACUUGGAGCUGAGCAAAGAGGUGCAGUCUAUGGGCUUUCCUCGCCAUCACAAACACAAGUUGUGUUGUCUUCGGCAGGAAUUGGUGGACGCAUUCUUCGAGAGCCGUUACUUAAUGUUUAUUAAAUUAGCGGCUUUUCAUUUGCAACAAAAAGGACUCAGAAAUCUAAGGGAACAGGAAAUCAAAUUCAAAGCCAUUGAAAACAAUGACAUUGAAAUGAUUGACAGCGAGUCUAAAGGCGUGAUUAACGACGAGUACAAAGAAAAUCAAAAUCCAAUACAAAUGAAUGAAAACGAGGACAAGAGUGAAGAAGAGGCUGAGAAUUACAAGAAGAUUGUGGAGUCGUUCACAACAGGAGAGAAGUCUGAUAUCGACAGCACUAAAGAGAUCGUCCGAAAAGCAGCUCAAUCUGUGGGAUCUCUGAAAGACAACGAGUUUGAUAUUCGUUUCAAUCCCGAUGUCUUCUCUCCAGGAGUGACUCAUUUGGAUCCGUCGGGAGAGUCAGUCAAAAAGCAAACACAGCUCGUGAAAGAUGCGGCAGAAUUUCUACUCACUGUUCAGAUUCCGGCUUUCAUUAGGGAUUCAUUAGAUCACACGACCACUCCUUUUGAUGGACUCACUCUGACUGAAGCGCUUCACAGCCGAGGAAUUAAUAUGAGAUAUUUGGGGAAAAUUGCCCAAUCAUUGGUCUCUCAUAAACCCUUGGAAUAUCUUCACAGUAUUGUCGUGAGUGAACUGAUCUGCCGCUCAGCCAAACACAUGUUUACAAACUAUAUUCAAGGCAUCGAAAUGAUGAGUCUCUCGACAGCCAUUAGUCAUUUCCUGAACUGCUUCCUGUCUUCGUGUCAAACACUUGCGCAGCCGUCGGCCACCGAUGAGCUUCAGUUCAGACAAUCGCGGCGGAAGAAUAAACGCAAGACUCGUCAGAAUCUGAUCAGCUCUCAAGACAACAACGAUUGGGUAAACCUUUCGCAGAAGUCCUUUUGGAAUAAUCUAAAGAAUGAAUUGGAUUCAUAUUAUGGUUGGAAUUUGACCACAGAUUCAAUUGACAAUUGUGUGGAAACGUAUAUUUUGCAGAAAAUCUCAAUUUUGCGCAUAUUUUGCAUCCGAACUGGAAUUCAGUUAUUGCUUCGCGAAUAUAAUUUUGAUCACAAAACACGCGUUACGUUCACUGACGAAGACGUGCUAAACAUGUUUCCAGUUGUGAAACACAUCCAUCCGCGCGCGUCCGACGCCUACAACUUCUACUCGACGGGUCAGCGCAAGAUUCAGGACGGAUACCUCAAAGAGGGCUAUGAACUCAUCAGUGAAGCCCUCAAUCUAUUGAACAAUGUUUACGGCGCGAUGCACUCAGAGAUCGCUCAAUGCCUCAGAAUGUUGGCCCGACUUAACUAUAUUAUGGGCGACCACUCGGAGGCCAUUUCCUUCCAACAGAAAGCAGUACUAAUGAGUGAGAAAGUGAAUGGCAUCGAUCAUCCCUACACUAUCACUGAAUACACUCAUUUAGCGCUCUAUUGUUUUGCGAGCUCUCAAGUGUCCACUUCAUUGAAAUUCUUAUACCGCGCGCGUUAUCUCUUGACUCUGAUCUGCGGUGAAAAUCAUCCGGAAAUGGCUAUCCUUGACAGUAACAUCGGUUUAAUUCUUCAUGCGGUCGGAGAAUACGAUCUAUCGCUCCGUUUUCUGGAGAAUGCAUUGAAAUUGAAUUUACGAUACUUUGGACUUAAAAGUCUGAAAGUGGCGGUGAGUUAUCAUUUGGUGGCCCGAACCCAGUCAUGUAUGGGUGACUUUCGAGGAGCACUUCAGUACGAAAAGGAAACCUUCUCUAUAUAUAGACAACAGUUAGGCGAAGAACACGACAAAACAAAGGAGAGUUCGGAAUGUUUGCGUCAUUUGACACAACAGGCUGUUGUCCUCCAGAAGAAGAUGAAUGAGAUCUACAAAGGAAACGCUACGGCUGUCAUCCCUCCCAUACAAAUACAACCACCAUCUGUGAGCUCAGUGCUCGAUAUGCUCAACAUAAUCAAUGGCAUACUCUUUGUCCAACUCAGUCCUCAAGAAGUGGAGAAUUUUAAGGGAGAGUUCGUGAACUCAAACUCCAAAGACAUCGAAGAGUUUUCUUCUGAAAAGAGCGCUCAAACCAAUGGUUUUGCAACGGAAUCUAAUUUUGUGAAAGAAAACAACGAAAUUAACAAACAAUCGGUCAUUACUACUGAGGGAUAAUUUUAAGGCAAAAUUAUCGAUAAUUUAAGUAAAACUACAAAAAUAUAUACAACGAAACAUUUUAGCGAAACAUAAUUAGCAAAUGAAUUGUUUUUCUCACUAUAGGUUUGCAAUUUUAGGACAUUAUAA